GACCUGGCCUCAGUCCCCUUACUUUGGUAGACCUUCCCGGCGUGCAUUUCGCCAAUGACAACGACAGGAUGAACAAAGUAACUCAAGAUUUAGUGCUUGAUUACAUCAAGAAGAACAAAAAGAGCAUUAUCGUCAUUGUAUCCCAGGUCGGAGAUCCCACUGGUGACGGAGCCAUCAACUUGGUCAUGAAACACGCAGAAGACUACAAAGCUCGCACUAUUUGCGUUCUGACCAAACCAGACAAACACAACGAAUCUGAUGACAUAGGACGCAAAGUGGCAUUGAAUCAAUCGCACUUUACACUUGAGGACAACCAUUUUAUCUUGUUAAGAGGAAAGGAUGGCACAGAUCCAAAAGAGUCCCUCUGGAAUGCAGAGGAAACGCGAGUUUACGAGAAAGAAUGGUUUGCCAGGCACAAACAGUACUCAGACCUCCUCCAUAUCUGUGGGAUUGAUCGCCUCAUGGAGACUAUGAUCAAACUGCUCUCAGACAAGAUGAUUGUUGAAAUACCGUUACUCAUAAAGCAAAUGGAAGCCACAAAAACUGAACUCGAAGAAGAAUUGAAAGGCCUCUCUCAAUCAGCCGUACCUGUCACCAGUGAAGGCAAAGGCGAACUGAUGGCGAAAAUCCAAUACAACCUAAUUGACACGCUGAAUACACUGCUCUUUAACAACACGACAAACUUUGCCGGAGGAGAGAAGGUGCGAAAUCGUAUCUUGGAGUUCAAUAGCGAAAUUCUCCAAGUAAAUCCCCUGGCUGAUCGGACUGACGAGGAGAUUGUUAAACUUCUUCGAAAGCUCGAGGGUGCAGCAGCUCCUCUUGGUGACAGCAGUGAAAAUAAUCAGCUGCUUGAGAGGCUGCUGUACGAAGACUUUCACAAGGAGGGUUCACCUCGAUCAUUAGCUUUUGGUAAGCACGUGUUACCCAGCCCAAUCGACAAGCUCACUUCAGUCUGUCAAAAGCUUGUAGAAGAUGUGGAAAAAGAGCUCAAAACUAUUGUUUUAUCUGCUGUGAGGAAAACCCUUGAAAAAUUCCCUGAUCUGGAAAAAUAUGUUGAGGUUUCUCUUGUCAACAAAAUCUUCGACAAGAAACAAGCCGAGACCAUGAUUUUCAUCAAGCAGUUCAUUCAGAUGCAAAAGAAAAGUGUUGAUGUUCUAAGUGUCAGUAUUCCUCUGCCACAAGACGUCCAAAAUACCAUAGCUACCUUACUAUCCAAUCAACAUAAAGGAUCGUUUGGAGGAAAUUAUCCUUCAACUGAGCCCGGGUUCCUCAAGCAGAUCAAGCAUUUGUCUGGAAGACUUCAUCCAGAUGAGCUCGUUCAGUUUAUCGAAUCUUGUCGUAUCAGCGGCGCAAGUUACAAGGACAAACAGCAGAUUACCAACACCAAGAAGAACGUAGUCAAAUGUUUCAACACCAUAAAACUCAACGUCAUUGACACAGUUCCUCGCUGCAUCCAGCACUUCUUMAUUGCCCAACUCGUCGAGAGCCUGAGGGACGCUCUCAAAUCAGGUGAAAUGAUGGAGUUUCUAAAAGAGAAGGAAACAGUGCGAAGAAAACGUGAACAGUGCCAGAAAACCCUGGAUGGAAUCAACCAUGCUCUGCCACAAACCGAGCAAAUUCCUUCAAUGCUUCUAAGGAUCAAACAGGGGCGCCGAGCAGUGAAACAAUAACUUCUUUAUACGGCAUUACUAGGUAAGGGUCUGGUUAGGGUCUGGCUCGGCGAGGCCACCGAGGCACGGGGUAACAAGUAGCUCAAAUAAUUUUUUCGUGUUAAAUGUAAGUUCAGGCGUCUGUAGUUUAUUUUCACUUCCUACGUAUGAGGGAAAAAAUCCUUGAGAACGUGAUUUCGAAAUAGUCGCUGCAGGUGAUUUGAAUGUGAUUCUUGAAUUGUGUUAUAAGGUCGUUUUAAUUGAUCAAUCAUKUUAUCAACAAUUUUAGACGGAGCUAAGACCCCUUAUAUUUAGCUCUGUAGUAAAUAUGACAUCAGUAAUAUAUAUAUAUUUCUAGGAUAACGACACUUUCUACGCAUGGGAAAGGUUUAUUAACGAUGUUUUUAUUUGUAUUUACGUUGCUAUUCUUGAAUAAGCCUGAAGCGAGAUGACGUUUUACCCCCGUCUCUAGACCAUAAUCCUUUUCACACUGCUUUUGUUCUUUAAUUAUGACUAUU